AGUGGACAUUCUGUUCAUAAACAUGUGUAUUCAGACUUCAAAAAUUUUAUGGAAAAUUAUUAAUGAUGAUAAAAUAGUUGCAUUGAAACCGAACGCUGCUAUGAUGUACACCAUGACUUUGAACAUGCUCCUGUAAUGCUUGAAUACAUAUGGCUCAACCUAGGUAACUUCAGUCCACGUUUUGGCUCAGAGACAUAAUUGUUGCCAUUAUUCAAAGAAAAAGAAAUGCUGAAUGACAGAAUGGACUUUAGGGACAUGGCAGUAGGAAUAGUGCUCUCACUUGAGAUUCUACUUGGCAUUCUGGGAAACUUCUCCCUUCUUUUCUACUAUCUAAUCCUUUACUACAAAGAACACACAUUAAAGAUCAUAGAUAUGAUUCUUAUACAUGUGUUCACAUCCAACUCCUUGAUCCUUCUCUCCAAAGGACCCCCUGAAGUAAUGGGAGCUUUUGGGUCAAAGCAGUUAUUCAAUGAUGUUGAGUGCAAACUUAUUUUAUAUGUUCAAAGAAUUGCCAGGUUUAUGUCCAUCUGUACCACCUGUCUUUUGAGUGUCUUUCAGGCAGUCACCAUCAGCCCCAGGAACUCCUGUUUGAAGGAAUUUAAAGUCAAAACUACAAAGUUUAUGGGCCUGUCUAUUUCUCUGUGCUGGAUCAUGGUCAUGUUACUAAAUAUGCUUUUCCCUUUAUAUACAUCUACCAAGAGUAAUAGGGAAAAUAAGACACAAAAGAGUGAUUCUGAAUUCUGCCACUCUGUAGUAGUAGAUUUAUUGUAUGCAGUAUUUUGUGUGUUUCCGGAAGUCUUAUUUUCUCUACUCAUUGUAGUUUCCAGCACCUGCAUGAUUGUAAUACUUUACAGACACAAGAAAAGGGUUCAACAUAUCCUUCACAGUCAUGCUUCUCUUAGAAUCUCUGCUGAAAACAGAGCUACACAGACCAUUCUGGUCCUGGUUUUCACCUUUCUAGUGUUGCACACACUCUCUUCCAUUUUACAUGGCUACAUUGCUCUUUCACAUGAUCCCAAUUGGUGGGUAAUGAAUAUCACAGCUAUCAUAGCUUUGUGUUUUCCUACUUUAGGCCCAUUUGUGACGAGUCAUGAUUUUACUCCGUCUAGAUUUUGCUUUACCUGGGUAGAAAAAAAUUAAACAUAUGAUAAUCUUGUAAAAAAAACCAGGAACAUUGUGUUUUUUUUUUUAAUGAAGAAGAUCUAAUCUUGGGUCACUUUUGUCAUUCAAAUUUCUAUGUAAUAGUGAAAUAACAUAUGAAGAGAUCAUAUCAAU